UAUAAAUUAAUAAUGCCAUAUCCCGUAGGCUUCGAACUUGGGAAGACAUUAUCCCUGUUUGUUACGCUGUCCUUCGACAAUGGCCGCAGCUGCUACUAUUUCACCGCCAUGCGCCCUCCUUUCUUACCAAGGACUUCGUGGAGCUCUGGUUUCAACCCGUACCUUCCAAUCCGCAAAGAACCAGAGACAAUGUGGAAGGGCUGUUGCUGCUCCAAUUUCUGCUAAGUUUGACCUAAAGCCUCCACCUUAUCCACUGGAUGCUCUGGAGCCACACAUGAGCCGGGACACAAUAUCAUAUCAUUGGGGAAAGCACCAUAGGGGAUAUGUUGAAAAUCUCAACAUGCAAAUAGUUGGGACUGACCUAGAUGGGAUGUCAUUGGAGGACAUUAUCAUUCUUUCAUACAACAAGGGCGACAUUCUUCCUUCUUUCAAUAAUGCCGCACAGAUAUGGAAUCAUGACUUCUUUUGGGAAUCAAUGGUGCCAAAUGGUGGAGGAAAGCCAUCUGGUGACCUCCUAGAACUGAUUGAGAGAGAUUUUGGUUCUUUUGAGAAGUUUAGUGCAAAAUUCAGGUCAGCUGCAUCUACACAAUUUGGCUCUGGUUGGGUGUGGCUUGCAUACAAAGCAAAUAGGCUCAACGUCGGUAAUGCUAUUAAUCCACGCCCGUCCGAUGAGGACAAGAAGCUUGUGGUGGUGAAGAGUCCCAAUGCUGUGAAUCCUCUCGUCUGGGAUUAUUUGCCUCUUCUCACUAUUGAUCUCUGGGAGCAUGCCUACGACCUUGAUUAUCAGAGUCAUCGAGCUGAUUAUGUAUCUAUGUUCAUGGAAAAGCUAGUGUCAUGGGAAACAGUGAGUGCCAGACUAGAGAUGGCGAAGGCUCAAGUUGCUGAAAGAGAGCGGGAGGAGGAGAAGAGGAAAUAUGAGGAAGACAAUGAAAGCUCCAGCAAUGAAGCUGUUGAGAUGUAUCUGGAUAGUGGGACCGAGGAUUCAGAAGCGGAAUGACCCCAUGUGAUCUCUUGGCUGCAGUUGUAUCAUUAUGGUCAUCAAUCGCUUGCACAUUGGAACAAAACAGAUCAGAGACUGAGCAAAGCAGAGGGCUACAUUUAUCACAAUAAAUGGAUCGUUCCGCCCAGCUUGAAACCUCGCAACAGAGGCGCAGAGAGGAUGCGCUUGCAAAGGCACUCGUGAACAUUGCGGUGUGUAACAGUUUCGUUCUCUUGAGAUUCGAAGAUGAAAAAUGCCCAACAGCGCUUGACUUUGAAUGGGUUCCCAUGGGAGUUGUGACAAGCCCAGGCUUAACUGUAUGACCGUUCAUCUCACCUGUUCCGAUUAUUAUAUGGGUUAAUAACUGUUGCACUCA